UUUGUAGCAGGACUUUGACUGGAUUACGUAGCAAAUUCAAACUGACUUCAUCCUGAACGCAGCUGGAAAUAUGGCCGCUGAGAGGGAGAGGACUGGCUUCCUAUUAGUUUUUCUUUUCUGGCCUUGGAAUAAAGUUACUGCAGUUUGUAAUAAUCUGGUUCUUGUUGUCUUCCAAUGGAAAAGCAGGGCUGAACGGUUCUUGUUGUUCAUAAAAAUGACUCCUGGUCGAGUUUUCCAUCGAUGUCAAACAAAAGCGACAGCAGUCGUAAGUUUCUGGUUUGACGUGAUGAUGACUCCACUUCGUCUCGUUCAUCAACUGAAAAACAAAUUUAAGAUGAAAACCCCCCUGAAUUUGGUGAAAUGGGAACUGGAGAAGCAGAAACAUCAACUCAGAGCAGAACUAGAGCAAAUUGAGACUGAAAGGAAGAAAAACAGAAAUGACCUUCAGUCUGUGGAGGAAUUAAUAUCCCAGAGAGAAGGUUCUGAUGGUGAGAUGUUACUAAUAAACAAACAAGAUCUCUUAAAGUCCCAGUGGAAACUGGAUGAACAGAAGAAAGUAUGUGAAAAAAAGAUAUUGAACAUAGAAAAGGCCCUGGAACCCAUAGAGAUUUAUGAGUACAAUAAAUGAACAGAAAUAGGAAAACUUGAAAUAAUUUGGUUUGUCAGUAUUUUAGCAAUUUUCAAAUCUGCAUUUUACAGAAGAGGGUUAAGACUUUAUUUUCAAAACUGUCUUUUCUGAAAAAAGUCAGAUAUUCAGUUGGAGCUGAUAUUUUUUUAAGUGACUCUAAUCUGAAUCCAACUUACUAUGUGAAGUAAAGUCAUUGUUUUUGAUAAUCAGUACAUACAUUUUUAUAAUCAUUCAUCAACUUUAAGUCAGUAAUAGUUAUAUACAUGAAUUUGGGUAUAAAAUGCACUUUAUGAAUAUUUUCAUGUUUUUCUAAUUAUUCUUUUUCUCUUACCACAUUCCCUCUGCCAGUUCAGAUAUGUUUAACCGUUAUUUUUAAAAAGUUUUUUUUUCCUCUAAUUCAUUAAUAGUAUUUAGUAGAAACAUUGGUAAGUGUGAGCAGGCUGGAAAAUAUAAUAAAAAUGAUCACAAUUGUAUUUGUCUUUUUGUUCUCGUCUUUUGUCCUUUUUUAAUUCAAUGACUUUAAAAUUAAUUUUUCAGUAAAUUUCCUGGGACUCUCAGAUUGUUGAAACUUCAUCCCCAGAUCAUCUGACCUUAAAAUAUUCAAAAAUAGAGUAAAAAUGGUGGCAGCAGUAACUGAUGCGUCAAAACAGCUAAACAAUCACAUCUAAAAACAUCUUUAAAAAUUUCAAUCUAAUCCAUUUGAAAAGUACAAAUUUUACAGCAAGUCAAAUUCUAAGAUCUGUAAAGAAAGAAAUCUGCACUCCAUGCAUUCCUAGGUCUGAGCUAGAAUAUGUAUUUCAUUGCAUAAUUGCAUACACCCAAUUUUAUUACACAUAAUGUGGGUAAAGUACAGAUCCAGCCCUUUAGCAGCUGGGUGAGGUUAUCGACUUAAAGCAGCUUCUUCAAUAACAAAACACGUCUUAACAGAGAGGUUUUUGACUCCACUAAUUAUCAUGGGUUAUAAAAUCGUAUCUGUUCUCGCAUCUGUUUUGGCUUUUUCCUCGUGGACCUAUUAUUUUCCAGUUGAUAAGCCAACAGAUCAAAGGAUGGUUAAUCUUCCAGUGCAAAUGCAGUCAAUAAAAAAGCUGGAAGAACAGGGAAGGAAACUGAAAGAGCAGCAGAUUGUAGUUGUAAAGCAGAAAGAAGACUUCAAAAGAGAACCUGUAAUAGAUGUGACUACGCUACAUCGCUCAGAAAAACUCUCCUUCACGUCUACAGUCUCCACUGUGAGUGGAUCGCUCCCUCUUGGCGCAGUCUUCAACAUUCUUCUGAUCCACAUGUGUGGAGCUGAUCUGGUGGCAGCUGUGUCUGCAGGGAUUCUCCACCUGUUCUCCAUCAGCGUCUUCAUCGACUUGGUGUUUGGGAUGAUCACUCUUCAUUAUGUUAACAAGAUGAAGCGUGAGAGAGAAGAACUACUGAAGACAAACUCUGAGCUUCAGAGGAAGCUCCAGGUGACGGAGCAGGACUGCAGCGAUGAAGCUGCUGUGCUGCAGGAAGUGAAGAACAAACUGAAGACAUGGAUGCAUCACAUCAGAGUCACAGCGGAGGACAUGGAGGCUGAGACAGAAGAAACCAAACAGAAGCUUCAGGCACGAGAGAAGGAAGUGAACAUUUCUGACCAAUCUGAGAAUCUGCUGGUAGGGAAUGAAAAUGUAAUGCAGGUGGAAACUGGACAAGACUAAGAAAAGAUUAAAAACAAGAGUUUCCUAGAUAGAGAGGGAGAAUAAUUGAUUGAGAUAAUCAACACAGAAAAGAUUCAUAUUUUUAUUGUAAAAAGUUACAGAAUGAAAAGCCAUAAAGGUUCAAAAAUUAACCUGGCUACUGACUCUGAUGGUCUAUAUUUUUGUAUUUAUUUUUUUCUUUUUGAUGACUGAAUGUACUUUACCCAUUUAUUAACUUUUUUUUACAAGUAUUAUUGGACUAAUGCAAUAAUACUUGUCAGUUUUAUCAAUCAAUCAAUCAAUCAAUC